AUGUGGUCUGACGAGUCAGACCGGCCUCACAACCCCUCGUACUACGGGAGCAGCGGCGAGGCCUCGUCCUCGAGUUCGACCUUCCCUCACUCGCAAGCGGCUGCUGCGCACGACCACGGCCCCAAGGCGUCCGCGUCCGCGUCCGCGUCUGCGUUCGAGUUUGAGCACUACCUGCACGCCUCCUACGACCGCGAUCUGUCCGACUAUGACCACGACUCGGAACGACACCUCUCCUUCCUCCACUCAGCCGAAACCCAGUCCCAAGCCGGCGACAUGUCCGACGAUCAUGACAUGGACGACGGCGGUGCGCCUGUGCAUUACGGGGACAUCGCCAACAUCUUGACCCAAGGCAUGGACGUGGACUACGACUCCGAACAUGACGAUGACAUCAGCAUCUCCCACCAUGGGUUGCCAGACCUCCCCUCCGCUCCCCCUCCGCUGAUGAACCAUGUGCCUCACUACGGCACCUUCCAAGCCCAGUAUGCGCUCCAGUAUCCGGCCUCCAUGCUGCAUACACAUGCUGCAGGCAACAUACAACCACCUCAUCCUCCUCAAGGCCCACCUGAAGAGGGCCAAGAAACGAACAACGAUAACGCGCACCACGUUCCGCUCCACCACACCCAAACAGCACACACUAACUUCAUGAACAACCCGAACACGGUCGCACUCUCACCAGAGAAUUAUAAUCUUGCCGAUUUUAUCCGCGUGUGGGCCUGGCAAAACGGAGUGUGGCAGGGUGUUUCGCGAGAACGUGGCCGGUAUCCUUGGCUGGACAGGAUCAGCCCUCAGAUCACCAAAGAUCUAUCACGCGUAGAAUACCAGGACCUUGAGGGGGACAGCUGCGAUGUCCAGGGAAUGAAUUGGGAUGAUUUGGGUGUCACAAGAAGCGAGGCCCGAGAGCGGCGAUUGCUCACAUACAAGAACUAUGUCAACAUACCACGUUCUGACCGAUGGCAGGAGCACCACGAUGCUUUGCCAUGCACCGAGAACUAUUUCAGGUUUCGACGCCUGAACGUUCGGAAAAACGUGAAUCUCACUCACUUUCAGCUUCGCAAUGUCCUGGCCUCGACCUCGAGAAGCCAGGUCUUCUAUCCUGGUCAAAUGACCGUUCACCAGUUCAACCCAAUAUCCGGCAAGGGCAAAAUUGCCAUGAAGGCCCAAGAAACGCCACAUCUACAGGUGUCGACCCUCGCCGCAGCCCACGGUACGCUGAUAGCGGGUGGGUUCUUUGGCGAAUAUUGCUUCCGCCGACUCGACUCAGAUGAAGAGUUUGGCAGCGCACAGGUCCAAGAGGGCACUAUCACAAAUGACAACAGCGGCAUUACGAAUCACGUACAGCUUCACUUGUCGAGGAACUCGUCGAGUCCAAAGGCUGCCUUCGCAUCCAAUGACAAAGGCUUCCGCGUUCUUGAUAUUGAGACCGACAAAUUCGUCUCAGACAUGAGUUUCCAGCAACCUAUCAAUUGCUCCGCCAUUUCUCCGGAUUGUCGGUUGCGGGUUAUGGUCGGCGAUCAGCAACAGGUUUUCAUUGCGAAAGCGGAAGCCGAUGGCCAACCUGAAAUACUACAGUGUCUCGAGGGCCACGAGGAUUUCGGUUUCGCAUGUGAUUGGGCGGACGAUGGCUGGACUGUUGCAACGGGCUUUCAGGACAAAUCUAUCAAAAUAUGGGACGCACGUCGUUGGACGAAUGCCCGCGGAAUCGCCACACCAGUUUGCACACUGCGAUCUGAGAUGGCUGGUGUAAGAGCACUGAAAUUCUCACCCGUCGGGUCUGGGAAGCGUGUGCUGGUGGCUGCAGAAGAAGCAGACUUUGUUAACAUUAUUGAUGCACAAACAUUCCAGGCGAAGCAGACUUUCGACUUCUUCGGCGAAAUUGGCGGUGUCUCCUUCGUCAACGAGGGCCAGGACCUCCAUGUCCUCUGCUGUGACCGUGUUAGGGGUGGCUUGUUCCAGCUCGAACGGUGCGGAGUGGGCGCCGAGAGGAAUUACGACGUUGACGAUCUGAGGCACAGGCCUUAUGACCGUUGGUGGAAGAACACCACUUAUGACUGGCACGAAUUCAAGACGACGCCCAGGCAAAUCAAAAGGCACUCUGAUAGUCGAAGGAGACGCCGCGCCCUAGCUCUCGAGCCCCUAACUCCUUUCUGA